AUGGGAAUCAAUCAGCUUGGAUUGCCUGGAUCAUACGAUGGAUUGAGAUCUAGUCUAAGAGGCGGCAGAGAUACUCUUAAUGUUGAUGAUAUUGACGGUGCAGUUCCUCGUAGAUUAGUGGGGAAUGCAAAUCAGAUGCUUCCCGCAGGUUACAGAUAACUAAAUGGAGGAAUUGACCUGCAAAACGGAAAUAAUAGCAAUGAGCAUUUUAGAGCAUAUGAGGCUAGAUUGUUGAGAACUGAUGAUAUUCAAGGUGCCAAGCCUAAAUCUUAUGGGUUGCACAUUCCUUAAAACAUAUAUGCAGGAAAUUAAACAGGUCUCUCUAAAACCUACAAAAAUGAAAGUGAUGAUGUACUGAAUCAACAAUCAUAGUAGUAGCUUGAUGAAAGUCUAACCAAACAAAAAUUUGAGAUGCUUAAUGUAAACAAAUACAACACCUAAUCGAGUCCUAACCUUUUCCCACAAACAGUUAAAGGCAUUUCAUCAAUCUAAAAGCCAUUUAAUCCUCAGUUUUAAACCUCAUAUGCAGCGAAUUACUCUCCAAACAAAGAUGCGCUUAAAGCAUUGUAACUUGCAAAGCCAUUCAAACCAGAUAUGGAUCUUAUGUUUAGGGGUCAUAAUGAUAUAAGUGGAGGUCUAAGCGGGACAUCUGGAGUAGGUAAUCUUGGGACAACGUUUUAAACUAACUACAUGAAGAAUUACAGUUAGAUUAAUUAGUACCAGAAAGAGUAGGAAAAGGUUAAUAACAGAAGAAUGUAGGAGAGUAUAGAUAGAAUGGAUAAGGAGAGAAUUGCUGAAUUAGUUAAAUAGAGUUCACCUCAGAGAUAGUAGCAAUCAUAGCCUCAGCAAUAAUAUAACUACUAAGAUAGAGUAAAUGAUCAAGAAAGAAGUAAGCUUGCAUCAAGAUAGAAUCUUGCCAACCAAGGGUUUAGAAAUUAUGGAAAUGAUGCUUAUGAAGAUAUGUACACAAGUGUGACACCAAAUGAAAAUGGUUUAAAGCAUGAUUAUUCAAAGACAAUUUUAAGAAGCUCGCUCUAAUUAAAUGCUGAGAAUAUGAUUCAUGGAGAUAGACAAAUGGCUGGAGUUAACUCUUAAGCAGGCAUUCAUACUAUAAAAGACCCAAACACAUAUGUGAGAUCAGAGUCUGAUACCAAUGCCAGUAAUAGAUAUUUAAACGGGUCUUCUUCUCAACCGGAAUUGGAAAGAUCUUACAAACAUCUUUCAAUGGCUCCUACUACUGAACAAGGUAGAAAUCAUCAGAUAGUUGACAAUGAUAUAAAGAAUAGAGAGUCCUUAAAGUAUGGCAAUCUUAAUUCCCCAGUAAAGUAUGAUUCUAUAAUGCCAAAACUAAAUGAUAUGACAUAUCACAGAGCUUCGCAAAGAGCAAGAGGUAAUUUCAAUGUGUUAACAGGAACCUACAAAUAAAAGCCAGAAUUAUUAUAACAAAUGUGA